CUUAUACCUAUAUAUAUAUAACUCAUUCAGUUAAAAAUUUAAAAACUUAAAAUUUAAAAAGUGUAAAAUGAAAACAAUUUUAUUAUACCUUAGCUUUUUUAUUAUUCCGUUUACUUACGCAUGCAGCUCCAGCUCAAGUUGUAAAUGGACUGUGUGUUAUACAACUUAUCCAGAAUUUUCUCCAAGACCAGCUUCAGGAACAUGCGUUGUGCAACAGUCAGUUGGAGUUAAUUCUAUAGAAACAUACAGUAAGGGUGGAGGUUGUCCAGGAAACCAAGGGUGCUCUGAGCCUGUUAGAUAUCGAACCUGGUGUUCUUGUCAAGAGAUAUAUAGUUGUUGGUGGAGUGAAUGGAACCAAUGGUCUGGCAAUAUAAAUCAUAACACAUGUGGAUAUCAAUAUCGUUAUAGAGUUACAAACAAAGUUUUUAAAUACACAGAAAAACCGAAUUGCCAUGGUAGUAUAACUGGUUGUAGUAAGGAUAUUGAAAAUGAAAGCAGAACGUGGUGUAGCUGUAAGAAAGUGGCAUCAUGUGUUCCUUCAGAAUGGUCAUCUUGGAGCCCCUCUCCGAAUCCAAAUACUUGUAUAAAACAAAAGCGAUCACGAGAUAAGAUUGCAACUUUUAUAUAUGAAAAUCAAGAAACAAAUUGUAAUGGUGUAAAUGAUAGAUGUGAUGUUGGAUACCUUGAAGAUGAAAGAGUCUUAUGUAACUGUCCUUAUAAAGAAUGCACAGAAGGUGAAUGGACAAAUUGGGAAAUACAUCUUUGGAAAGAUAAUUGUCCAACAGAGAGGCGACUUAAAUAUUACAGAUUUGAUGAAAAGUAUCGAUUUGCUUAUGACAACUGUGAUAGUGUAGGGCCAAAAGUGUGUCCAGAUCCUGUUGGGCAUGUUCGAGAAAGAGAGAUUGCAUGUCCUCCUCUGCCUUUGGAACAGCACAGUGUGCAUAAUGAUGUUUGUAAUGGCGUAAGUAGUAAAUGUCAAUCAAUUUGUACAAUAUCAUGUAAGAAUGGUUUUUCAUUAUCAGGGAAUCGCUACAUUACUUGUCUUGGAGAUGGAAACUGGAGUGGUUUGCCAGGAAAGUGUGAAGAUGUUGAACCACCUAAUAUUAUUUGUCCAGUAUUGUCAUCUGAAAUUUUUAAUUUACCAAACAAAAACUAUAGCAUCAUUGAUUUACCUGAGGCAACAGCAACUGACAAUAGUAGAAAUUUGCCGAAAAUAACAAUGGAUAAAAUAUCACCACUAAAGGUUUUUGUAGGAAGUCCAUUCAGUGUCACAUACACUGCUACUGAUUCUUCAGGAAACCAAAGAUCUUGUGUAGUGAACUUUUUAGUCAGCGAUAACGAACCUCCCAUGAUUACUCAUUGUCCAAGUGAUAUUUUAUUAGAAACAGGAGUUUUUCCUCAUCAGUUGUUUUGGGAAGAACCUACAUUUUAUGAUAAUGUUGAUGGACUUCAUUUAGUUGUUCACCCUAGUCACCAAAUUGGGAGCUAUUUUCCAAGAGGAAAACACACAAUAGUUUAUUCAGCAAGAGAUCAAUCUUUUAACAAAGUCCAUUGCAGUUUUUCAGUGCAAUUAGAUUUUAAGUCUUGUCCUUUGUAUGAUCCACCAAAGAAUGGAGCAUUAAAUUGCAACAUUAAGAAAAAUGGAAUAGUUGAAACACAUAUCUGUACAGUGGCAUGUAAAUCUGAUCAUUGGUUUUUGCAAAGUGAAGAUUUGCCUCCCUUGUACAACUUUUAUGUUUGUGGUGAAGAUGAGCAAUGGAGAGGACAAAAUGAAAUCACUUCAUUGAACCCAGUAUUUUUUGUUCCUAUACAAAAAGGAGUCAAGCCAUGGCCAGACUGCUCAAUUGGAGAAAUACCUGAAUUGUUCAAAACAAAUUUUCAAGUUUAUGCUGGAAAAUGCCGAGAUGAAGUGCAGCAGCUACAGUUGAAACAGGCAUUCAUAAAUGCAAUGACAAAUGAUGUUGUUAUUGAUAAUUUGUUUUGUAAAAUAUCUGCUGAUCAUUGCACAAUUAAUAAUCUUGAAAUUACAUGUUCUUCAAAUUCAUAUUCUGUUGAAAACAUGAUCAUUAAGUUUACUCUUAAUGGUCGGGGUAACCUUCCCGUUUUUAAGAAAAGUAUACAGGAUUCUAUUGCAGCAUUGAAAUUAACAUUGAAUGAAAAGGUUUUUAAAGAAGAUAUUAUUGAUGUUAAAGAUUUCAUGUUGUUUGAAGAAGUAACAUGUAAGGAUGGUUAUGAGCUUAUUGUUGUCAAUGCAAGCAGUGUCAAAGAUGAAGUUAAUAGUGAUGUUGAGAAGAAUAAUUUGCGAUGUAUUCAAUGCACUAAAGGAAUGUAUUUUGAUAAAAUUAGUUCAAAAUGUAAAGUAUGUGAAAUUGGCACCUAUCAACCUAGCGAAGGUCAAAUGUCAUGCAAUAAAUGUCCAGAAAGCUAUUCUACUAUUGAGAAUGGCGCUUAUUCUCAUUCUUUAUGCAAAGCAAUAUGCAAACCAGGAACCUAUUCAUCUAAUGGUAUGGAAAAUUGCAUCGCAUGUCCAAUCAGUACUUAUCAACCAUUUAACAAAAGCUCAGAAUGCAUUCCUUGCCCAUUCGGAACAAUAAGUGCAAAUGUAGGAGCAGUAAGCAUUGCUGACUGUUUACCAACUAAAAUUGAAGUUGUCAUGCGUUCUGAAGGAUGUGGAGAUCCCAAUAUUUCAUAUGGUUGUGGACUUUCAACUAUUCAUGUUAACGGCAUUCAAUACAGUUUGAUGAAAAGAGGAAUGAACUUUGUAGUUUUAGAUGCUUACACUGGAGCAUUUGUAAAAAGUGAGAGCUUUGAUUGGCACGGAGAUCAUCAAGCAUGUGAUAAGACAUACGAAUGGAUCAAACAACUAAAAAACGAAUGCAUUGUUUUGGCUGCUGUCCAAGAUGAAGCCACUUUUAAUGCAUAUGAUAAAUGCUUUCAAAGUUUAGAGUUGUUAGGCGGUAAACAUCCUUUUCAAAAUGAGUAUCGAUCUUCUUUUGCUAUGAUUGGUUACAAAGGUUUACAUUCUGUUACUUGGGUACAUCAAGAGAGAAGUGGGUAUGGUAAAGGGCCUACUUUAGUUACAAAGAGUAUUAGUUUGCUUUCGGUGUAACUUCUUUUAUAAUUUGUUUAUUAUUUUGGUUUGAAUGUAAUUUUAUUUACAGUUUGGGUAAUAUAUUAGUUUACUUUU